CUUGCUUUAACACAUAAAACUUUCUGUGGUAACAGGGAUUCGUGUGGCACUUUUUCAAUUUCAAUAUGUUCACCAUUUGUUUCCUGAUGCCAAUGUAGCUGUAUUGUCGCACAUGGGCAUGCUUCCUGGGUGGUCUUCUCUUUUUUAUCAGCUUGUUUUAGUGGCUCACAGCACUUCCACUACUUGUCUACCUUGACUUUUUGACUCACUCCAAGACAAUUAUCCGAGAUGGAGGUCUCCUCGUGAGGGAAGAGAGUUUGCUUCAUUGUACAAAAGAAGCAAAGGAAAUGGAGCAGUGCAUGUCUGCAUGGAUGGUAGCUCCUUCCUGGAGAUAUUGACUUGCUGGGAUGAGAAAGCUUUUUUCUAAUUCUGCUGCAGUAGAUCUUAUAUGUCUCUUUUAAAUGUCUCUCCAGGAAUCUGUGCAUUAGUUCUAAAGCUUAGUUUUGACAUAUAAAACUGUAACUGAAAUAAAAUCAAACCUAAAAUAUUGAUGGUAUGUUUGCAGUUUUUAGGCAUUUACAGUACAACUAUCUCUUCUUUUAUAAACAAAACUCAUUAAGGAAAUUCAUGGAGAGAUUGUUUUAUUAUUAACGACGCUAAUUUACAAUGUCUACAGUGGAUGAUUUGUGUUUUUUCCCAUUAUAGAAGAGAAAAGCUUUUGAAAGAGCAGAGAAUGAAAGGUGGACAGAAAGCAUGGAGCUCCAAAAAGCUACAGAGGAUAUAGAGAUUAGUCAACUUAAGCAGCGGGUCUGGGAGCAGGAGGCUUUGCUGACUGAGAGGCAAGAACAGUUGGAAACGUUGGAAGGAGAAAUAGAAACACAGCAGAAGACAAUUGGUGAUCUAAAGUGUCAGAAAUCCCAGCUCGAGCAUGAUCUGAAUCAGUAUCAUGCUAAAUUAGAGAUAGCAGUUAAAGACAAAAUGGUAAUUGAGCAGGAAUUAAAGCACACAAAAAUGUUAAUCGAGCAGUCAGAGGCCACGUGGUCUUUGACUCAGAAGAAGCUAGACGAUUUCUUAAAAGAUAGAAACGAUGGCCACGAUAUUAAUACCCAAAGUCUUCACAGAAAAAAAGAUGUGGAGGAAAUAGACUUUGCCACUGUUCAUGAGCUGCAAAGCCAAAUCCAUGCUAAAAGUGUGGCUCAGCAGCCUUUGGCCUUUGACAGCCAGUCAGCAGGAGACUGUGAGCUGAGAUCAUCUGCAUUCAGAGAAAAUGACAGCACGAUGGUGGAUGUUCUGCAGCAGAAAUUAGAGGAGCUGGUCCUGGUCCAGAGAAAAGCAGACAUGGCUGAAGAAAAAGCACAGAGUUAUAAAAAGCUGUUAGAUGACAGCAAUAACAGACUGAAGAAACUUCAGAUGGACUUGGAAGCUGAGAGGAUUAGCAUGAGACAGAAAUCAGAGGAACUCCAGCAGGAAACACAGAACAUGAAGAAAUCCAUCAAUGAGCUUCAAGACGAAAUCAGAUCUCUCAAAAGAGCAAAGUCCUCUCUGGAACAAAACACGUUUUUUCACAGCACUGAAAUAGAAGGCCUUAAAGAGCAGCUGAACAUCGCCCACGGAGAGCUGCAGAAAAAAAGCUCCAUUGAACAGGAAAAUAGUUACAAGAUUAACAGCUUAGAAUUAGACCUGGCUUCCAAGCAGUCAGUAAUAGAUCAGCUGAAGUUUAAAUGCAGUGAGCUGACGAGGAUGAAUGUCUCAUCGGAGAGUAAUAUUCAAGGUCUUCACAUCCAGAUGGAGUCAACGGAAAAAGAGAGGUCACUUUCAGAACAAAAGCUCAGGUCUUUAAGGAGAGAGAUCGACAGCUGGAAACAGCAAGUUCAAACAGCAAAGGAAGAAAGUAGCUUAAUGAAAAAAUCUGAGCAGGCGCUGCAGGGCAAGUGUAAAAAUCUGGAAGCAGAACUUCAAAAAAGUGAAUUAGCUGCUUCUCAGUGGCAGGCGAGAGUAGAUGAGAUGAAACAGAUCAAUCUGGAGAUGGAGGAAAAUCUAAAGAACAUCAAAGCUAAACUGGAUCAGGCGAUGAUGGAAAUUGACAGCAAGGAUCAGCAAAUUAAAAUCUUCAGGGCUCAAGUAGAGGGCACCAAAUCACAGGUCAGAAUUAUCGAGGAGGAGCUGAAUAAGAAAUCGCAAAGCUCUCAUGAGCUUCAAAUUAAACUGCAAGAUUACAGUGAGGAGGUAAAGAAAAUGACUGAACUGCAGCAGAAAAUCAAAGUUCUCAGUUCAAGUACUGCCAGUUAUGAGAAAGAAAUAACCUCUCUUAAAACUGAGCUGAUGUCAGUGCUUUCUGACAAGAAUUCGGCAAAUCAAAAGGUCCACAUACAGAAAGCUGAAAUCAAUGAUUUGAAAGUGAUGCUGAAUGCUAAAAAUGCACAACUGCAGAAGGAAUGUGCCGAGAAUCAAAAGCAUCUCAGUAAAAUCAAAGCUUUAGAAGAUGAGCUUUUCAAACAAAAGCACAGUUUUAAGGGGUUAACCAGCACCUCGGAGAAAAUGACAGAAAACGUAAAGCAGGAACUUUACACGCUUCAGAGUGAGAAGAGAGAAACGGAAAGGAAAGCCGAGAACCUGAACGCUAAACUUUCAGAUUUAAGCUCCUCACUGCAAAGAACAAAAGACGAGUUAGCGAAAGAGGCCCAAGAGAGAAAAGUCAAAGAGUCCAAACUAAUUCAGCUGGAGGCUGAGCUUCAGAAAAAUAGAAUAACAAUCAAAGAAAUGAUGUUCAGUUCUGAGAAAUCCAGAUCAAACCUACAAAAUGAGAAUACACUUUUAAAGAGGGAGAAAGCUGAGGCAUUAGAGAAAAGCAUCUUAUUGGGAUCUGAAGUCAGAAAACUGAGAGAAAACCUUCAGCACGCCCAAUCGGAAGCCGAGCAAAAGCAAAUAGAAAACGCUGCGCUUCAGCUGAGGUCCCAGCAGAUGGAGGAACAACUGGAUAAGUGUAAGAAAAUGCUGGAGGAGUUAAAGAGCAAACUAGAACUCCAGAGAGAGGGCUAUGACAGGCAGUUGCUGCUAGUGAAAACUGAAAUAGAGAGAAAAAUCAUUUUACUGCAGUCCGAGCUCACAAACGACAGCGAGAAAUCCAAAGUGCACAGCGCUGAACUAGCAGAGAUGCUGAAUAAGUAUUUCAAGCAAGACAUGAAGCAGAUAAAACAUCAGAGCACAGCUGAUUCAAAGCAACAGCUGGACCAACAGCUUCAAAUCAAAAUGGACAAAGUGCAGCAAGAGAGAACGAAGCUCGAGCGAGACUUGUCAAAAGCAAAAUCUCAAAUAGACGAACUCGAGGAAGAAAAAGUCGAACUCAAGUCAAAAAUCAGUGCUAUGCAAAGCCUUUGCAAUGAGCAAACGGGUGAAUGGACAAAGUUUCAACAGCUGUUGAAAGACAGCGAGUGGAAACUCACAAUGAGAGAAAAUGAGGCAAGAUCUCUGCGGGAACAAAUAGUGCUGUACGUCAAAGAGGUUAAAGGCCUUCAGGAGAAGCUUUCGACACUCGGAUUAGAGGCGACUCAGUGCAGUUUCCAGUAUGUGAAAGACAACAAGGCUGAUCUGAUGAAUGCAGAUGUCGCUAUAAUGCAGAAAAUGGUGCACUCAAAUCAAGAUACAAAAAGCAGGAGAGAUGAAGAGAUUCUCUCAGUGAAAAAGUCCUCACAGAUGGCAACAACGGAGAACAAAAUCACCCUUGAAGUGAUUAAACAUGUCAGACAAGAUAAGAGGGAGAUCAUUCACAGUCAAAGCCUUCAGCAGGAUUCAACAACAAACUCAAUGUUGGAUAGCUCCCCUUAUCAAACUCCCACUUUUCUCAAGAAAGAUGUGCAAAGUGUGACUUACAAGAGCCACGUUAACACUGAUUUCCAAAGCUCUGUGACAGCACAGGGAUACAUGGCUCUGUUGGGACUUAAAGACAAACAGCUGCACGAAACUAAUGUCAGCAAGACAAAAAUGUACCAAAGCGCAUCAGAGAGUAGUAUAACAGACCGCGAUGGACAGCAGAGCGUGACAUAUUCAACUCCCCAAAAGCUCCCAGACCUCAAAGGGGGUGUAAGCAUUCAAAAUAUUGUCAAAUUUAGGCCCUCAGAUGAAGAGUACAUCGGCAAACCAGCUGCUAUUGCUGGAAUUUAUGUGGAGUCGAGCAAGAAAAAGAUAUCCUUCCUGGAAGCUGCUGAGAAGGGCUUCCUAGCAAAGACAUAUGCCCUUGAGUUUCUCGAGGCUCAGGCUGCAACAGGAAGCCUUACAGAUCUGGCUACCGGACAAACGCAUUCAGCUGCCGAGGCAUUGGAGAGGGGGAUUAUAGAUCCGAGCCUGAAAGACAGACUGAUGGAGGCUGAGAAAGCUAUUAGUGGCUACAUCUUUAAAGGCAAAAAGCUGUCUGUGUUUCAGGCCAUGGAGGAAAGAAUUCUCGAUAGAUACAAAGCCAAAAAGAUCCUUGAGGUCCAGGUUGCUACUGGAGGACUGAUAAACCCAGCAACUGGGGUCAGGGUAACAGCUCACAUUGCUGUAGAUCAGGGUCUUUUGAACAAGGAGACUCUACAGAGUCUCUAUGAUCCAGUCAGUAACCCCAAAGGUUAUCACAACCCUGACACUGGACAGAAAGCAUACUACUCUGACAUACUGAAGGCAUGCUUGUACGACAUCAGUGGUGGAGUGUUUCUCUUUCCGUUCGGUCAGAGGCACCUAACAAGCACAUCUCCUGCCAGCUCUCAUAGGGUGUCAGUUGUCAACAGCAACUGUGGCACUGAGAUGUCAGCCUAUGAAGCAUUCAAGGGGAAACACAUUGACAAGAAGACAUAUCUGUUUCUGUCACAGCAGGAGAGUGAAUGGCAGGAGAAGUCCACAGCUGACCCCAGUGGAACCCCACUUCACGUCAUUACUGAUGUCAAAGGUGGCCGACAGCUUUGCCUUGAGUCGGCUCUAAGUCAGAGAUUCCUGGAAUCGUCUGAGCUUGAGAGCUAUCGCAGAGGUCUUCUUAGUAUCACUGAGAUCGCAGACAUGAUAUUUUCAAGAAUGGUUGUUGUGGAAGAUGUUAACAGCCCCAUUGCUGGACUUUGGGAUGUCACUCAGAAGAAAAGGCUUUCGGUUUUUCAGGGUUUUCAACAGGGCUUUACUGACAGACCUACUGCUUUGCGGCUGUUAGAGGCCCAGGCCUGCACUGGAGGUAUUUGUGACCCGUCAUGUGGAGAGAGAGUUACCCUCACCGAGGCUCUCAAAAGAGGUCUUUUGGAUGAAGCACUGAGUCAGCAGCUUCUGCAGUUUGACCAAGCACUUAAUGGCUUCAUUCAUCCCAAGACCGCAAAGACUUUGUCUGUUUCCCAGGCUGUUCAGGAAAAUCUCCUCCCAAAAGACGCCGGUUUCCGUUGUAUUGAAUUCCAGCUCCUGACUGGAGGAUUGAUAAAACCUGACACCCACGACAGAAUCUCACUUGAAGAAGUCGUUCAGAGCGGACUCGUUGAUAAAGUUACCGCCACUGUACUCAAAGACGAGAAGUUCCACACCAAAAGCCUCACCUGUCCAAGGACCAAGAGAAGAAUUACAUUCAAAGAGGCUCUGGAGAGAAGCGUGUACGACUGCCACACCGGGUUAAGGUUACUGGAAGCUAUGAAAUCCCACGGUUUUGGACCAAAGUCAACAUUUCAUUAUGUUUGGGCAUAUAAAUAAAAACCUGUCAGUUAUUAUAGCAUUAGCCUUUGGUGGGGUGGAUUUAAAGUCUUUUCUCGUUAUCUUUGACCUUUUGAUGAACAAAGAUGCCUCUUGUGGUAUUACCAAUGAAGCCUCGCAUUGCUAAACUGGUAAAAAAUAUUUGUGUUUCAGUGCUGCUGAUUCUUCUUCAGCUCUGACCAAAACAGUUUUUCAGUACAUGGUUGUCCAAAGCUUUCUUGUGUUUUCUUCUUUUGGUUUUUGCUGAUUUUAACCUGAUCAUGAAUGGAUUUUGACAGCUCUCUUCCUGUGUUUUGGUUUAUUUUUGUAGCAAAGUUAACAAUUUUGUUAAAAGUCCAUCUAUUUUAAUUCUAGAGAUC